CUCACUUUUAGCACUCAAAGUAUACAGAGAAAGAGCACAAGCAAGGAGCAAGACAGUCAAGUGCAUGGUCUUGAACAAUGUCGAAAUCCAGCUCAUUCUGACUCAUGAACAGCCCUGCAAGAAACCGACGUGGUGGAGAACUAACUCGGGAUAAGCCUGAGCUCCUAUGGGACAUGAAAGGCGACAUUAGUGAAGAUGAAGACGACGACGAUUUUGCUAUUCAUACACUCUUCUUGAAAGUGGUGACACUGGGCAAGGCAGCUGUUAGUAAAGAAGAGAACAUUGUACAGGUGGAGGCGGUCAACUACAACAACAUCACGGUCAAGCAACCACUGGUCAACAUGGUUGCUGGCGUCAACAACACGACUCAGAAGCGCAGGAACAAUGGUCGCUCCAAGAAGGGACGCGGACACGUGAACUCUGUCCGCUGCAACAAUUGUGCUUGUUGCGUUCCCAAGGACAAGGCCAUCAGGAAAUCUGUCGCCAGAAACAUUGUAGAAGCAGCAGCUGUUCGGGAUAUUUCAGAUGCCAGUGUUUAUGAAGGCUAUACCCUGCCCAAGCUGUAUGCCGAGCUAUUCUACUGCGUGUCCUGUGCUCUCCACUCCAAAGUGGUGCACAGCCGUUCACAUGAGGACAGGAAAGAUCGAACACUUCCCAUUCCCUGCCUAGUCCGACCAAUCAGGGAGGGAGCAGGUCCAAGAGCUGGAGCUGGCGGACAGCAUUGAGAGAUAGACAGAGAGAAAUAAAGUUUUGGUAUCUAUUCAAAACAUAAAUCAUCUCAUGAAAUAAAGAGAGGGUGGACACCAUCA